AUGACGGCGGCGGCCAGAGAUUCGGUCAUCUGGGCCGAGACACUCAGAGCGCUGUCAAAAGCCGUGAAGAGAAAAGAUUAUGACUCGGACUCGGACGACUACAUAGAACAUUCAACCAACAGAGGGCGCAAACUGAAGAGGCGCGCGCGCUUUGUGCGCCAGGGUCAGUUGGGCCCGCCUAAUGGACCAGCAACUUAUAGAGAGACCGUCGAACAUGCCGGCUAUCAACGAACCAUCAUAAGUCGAAACCCGCCCCUCGUUGAUGAGGAGGGUUAUGAGCUCGAUAGCGAUGACGAUGAAGAGCGCAUCGCCGAGGUUCAAGCAGCGGUUGCCGAGGACGACCCAUACUCGGGCAUACGCAUAGAUGAGAUACUUGCCCCCUUGACUUCGGCCGCUGAUCUAGCCAACCACCCGGCACUCUCACACCCGUUUCGAUCUUCAGCACUCACCGAGCUUACCACGCAAGGUUUGGGCCUCCUACAUAAAGAGCGGGAAGCAUUGGCCAAUGUUCGACCGCUGUUGACGCGCCUUUGCGGGGACCAUACUUGGGCCUCUUGCGUCAUGAUGCUGGGUCCAAAUGAUGAAGAGCUCUUUACCAGCAUGCGGAACGGCAACGGAGUGUUCAAUCAGCCUAGGCCGAAUGGAGCCUCUGCAGACAAUACCGGAGAGCCCUCGCCCCAUACCAAUGGUACAGGAGUGAAGGUGAAUGGAUUGCACCCCAAAGCACAAGAGUCGACGCCUGGCGCAGGGAAGAAAACCCAAACCCCCGCAGAAGAGGAAGACCCAGACGUGACGAUGGAAGACAUUGAGUCCCCCAAGCAGAAAUCGACAGAAGUCAAUGGUAGCAAGGCAUCAAAACCUGCCAGCGGAGAUGAAAAAUCAACCGAGGAUAAAACGACUGGGGGCGGUAACCAGGAUGAGCAUUUUGACCCCGACGAGACGAUCGGGGAAGACGAAGCAACUGGCGCUGCAGACGCCGCGGAACCCAGCGCAAAUGGAAAGCCAGGGUCGGGUGGGUUGGCGAAAGCAAUAAACGGAUCAGAAGCGAACGGGAUGGAUUUGGACAUUCAAGCCGACCAGCAAUCAGGUCUGGCUAAGGAGGCUGCCAUCAAUGGCUCACGUGCGGCUUCCACAAUAGUCGACAGCCUCCACGAGGAAGCCAUACAUCCGUACUUCAUGGCGCCCCCUUCAGCGUACCCGAACCGAGAUGCUGGACUCCCGGAGGGCGAGGCUGAGGAGGUUCGUCGGCUGUUGCAGCUCUACGUACAGAAGCAGGAAGAGGUCUGUCGGGGCACCAAGGACCUUUACGAGGGCCUGCUACGAGCGGAUCGCAUGCGCAAGGAGGUGCUGAAGUGGUCCAAGGCUGAGGCGCACUGUGGUGCGAACCGGGACAUGUCGGACGGCGAGGACUGGUACGAUAAGGAAGAGUGGGGUCUUGUCGAGGAUCUUAAGAAGGGCCAGGACGAGGAGGAAGAGGAUACGACGACCAGGGACCAGCCUAAGAAGACGAGGAACCGCAGGUGA